GCACACGAGUGCACGCGCGCACACGCACACACGCACACGCACGCACAACAGAAGGAUGUCAAAGGAGUGGAGAAGGUUCUGAGCUAUGACUGAUUAUUAGUGAUGUGGUUUUGUAGUUAACAAUGUUUUACCUCUUAUCUGUAUCAUAAUAGUUAAUUAGAAAAAAAUACAGUUAGGGCUUUAUAUGACGUCAGUGGUAAGACGGCGGUGCUCAAGUUAGACGUCAAGUUUAAAAUACCUGAAUCGACGCAUGGCGUCUUUUGUCGAGAAAGAUUCAUGAAACUGUGAAGAAAGAAUCACACAGUUUUACUCUGGAAUUCAGAUUUCCUUAAAGUUGGCUAGAGUAAACGUUUUAAUAUAAGAAACGACGCUGCGAAUCCUUACCACCAAGCCACCUAAACGCCUUAUAAUGAUGUAUCGUGCUUUUUGGGAUACAAUAUUCCUUCUCACCGGAUCCCUUUUUACAUAUGGGCAGGUGCAAGAGAAUUCUACCUCAACAACAACCAUUGCAACCACCACAACAACAACUACCACCACGACCACCACCACCACCAGCAGCACGACCACAACCACUACUACUUCACGUGUCAAAAAAUUUAUAGCAGCCGCUGUCCACUCUCACUUCGAUGACUGCCCUGACUCCCAUAACCACUUCUGUUUUCAUGGCACAUGUCGCUUUCUCAUACUGGAGGAAACACCUGCAUGCAUAUGUCAUCCUGGCUUUGUGGGGAUGCGAUGUGAACAUGCAGACCUCUUGGCAGUGGUGGCAUCUAACCACAGGCAACAGACUGUGGCCACCAUGCUGGUGUUGUGUGUGGUGGGCAGUGUUCUACUCAUGCUGCUGUGCACUCUACUAAAUUGUUGGUGGAGACGGGGUGGUUGUGGGCGAGGUAACACCAUUUCGUGUUGGUCAGAGAAGCCUAGGAGUAUUCUGACGGGUGGGACAUCCUGCUGUCACUCAGAAACAGUGGUUUGACAUGAGUUUUCUGGAGCUCAUGCAGGUGCUCUCUUAAAAAUGAGACUAAAAAAUAUUUCAUCUUACUCCUUGACUUCACUAUGACUGCGUUUCUCAAACUACAGAGAGCUGAGAGACAACUGAGAGCAUUUCGAUGUGGACAGUGGGAGAACCCAAACAUGGAACUUUACAUUCAGACUGACUGAGUCAUUCCUAAAAGGAUAUGGAUUCUGGAACAACAACAGCAAUGACAAGAGUUCAAGAUGGAACUCAAAAACUGAGAAACUCUGAAAGAAGAACUCAGAACAAACUACAUGGAACUUAGCUACAGCAUCCAGUGAUGUAGACACAUGGCCAUUUGGAAUAAGGUACGGAUCUAUGGCCCAAAAAAAAAAAAACUUUGAGAGAGGUUAUAGAAAAAUCAUUCUUGCUAACAGAGCUUAUCUUAAAGCUAUAAUUACCUUUAUAGAUGUAUAAGACAACAUUCUCCCAGUUUUUGUCUUUUAAAAUACUGUUAUCAUUAAAAAAAACACUAAUAAUAUGCUAUUAAUGAAAUGUGAAACUCACUAAAAAGUACUUUAAGAUAUACUUUUUAACAAGGAUAUAAUAUCACAUUAUUUUCUGAAUCACAUUAUGGAUAAAGAAUGGGAGAUUACUUAACAUUAACUAGUAGCAUGUAAUAUUAAAACUACAACAGACUCUUUUGCCAAUUUAUUUGAGCUUGAUCUCCUUAUAAUGUUGAUUAAAAAUUGUAAACAACUUUUCAUAGAUUAACCGCAAACAUGAGACACUAUAGCCGGCUCUGAAGGACAAAUAAUUUAUUUUACAUUUAUAAUUACAUUUUAAAAAAAAUAAAAAUAUUGGAAAUGUAUGAUAAAACCAUUCACAAAAAUGACAUGUAACUUGAAGUUAUGCAUAGAUUCACAAAUCCCACAAAAAAAUUGUCUUCAUGCACAGAAUUUGCUUGUUCGCUAUCAAAGAUUUGUCAGGAUCAGUAGGGUAAAUGGUUUAGAAUGGGAGCCUCAGUAUGUUCACUAUUUUUAGCCGUGUUAUGACGUCACAUAACAUCUGCAUGUUCACAUAUGGAAUAAUUGGAUGCAUGUCUUAUCACAUAAUUACACACAUUUCAUUGUGCUCUUCUUGUGCAAUGUACAAUUUCAAACACGCUGUGAAUACAGUCACCUUUAAAUCUGCACCUAUAUUUUAUAUGAUGGAUGUUGGUGAUGGCUAUAGUGCAUCUUUAUUCCCGCACUUAAAGAAUAACACUUCACUGUAUCUUAAUUGCCUAAUUCACUAUUAUCAUGUUUAUUGGGGCACACAUAUGCAUACAGAGGCUCAAACCAUUAUUGAUAUUACUCAGUUUGAUGCAUGCUGUCCUUACCAACUUAUGCUUGUAAAGAUAGAUGGAAACUUUUACACUGAAAUAUUUUAAUCCAUAUGUUCGUUGUUUUCUCAUUAUCUUAUUCUGUCCUCAAGCUUUUGCCAAUCUCAUGUUAUAAAACGAAUGUUGAGUGACCGUUAAGGUCAGAAGGCUUAUGUAUAAAGUAUGCCAUUGUAGGUUUUAUUCAAUCUAAACCCUUCUCAGAAGCUGGCAAAUGACUGAUCUAGCACAAAGAAAGAUAGAAAAAAAGGCUUAUUUUUGGCCAUGUUACUGAAAUCUGAUCACUGCGUGAAGCCUCAUGAAAUAUUUGAUAUAAUGAUCCCAAAAGUCAUCCAAGUAAAAAAUUUAACGCUUACGCUGUCAGCACGGACAACAUUUGUGAAUGAUUUUGAUCAGCCUGAAAAAAGAGAUUCAGGAUGAUUUAUCUAUGUUUAUCUAUUGAUCUACGUGACUGAUCCUGAUAUUUCACUUUAAUUGUAAACAUAAGGACUGAAUAUAAAAUUCACAAAUAGAAGUUGAAAAAAAAAUGUGGGUGAGUGUUAAACCUACGAUAUUCCAAAUGUAAUGUUUUUUUGUUGAGGAGUUUGUUAAAAUUGUAAAGCAAGCAUUGGGAAUUUCGGAUUGAACAGUUUUGUAACAUGCAGUCAUUGCAUAAUUUCCAUAUGUGGAAUUACAGUCAUCCAUGAUGAUUAUGAUGAUGUCAAACCUAAAGACUAACGGAUGAAUUGGUCUUAGCACUAGAGAUGAUGCUCAGUGUUGCAUCUCUUGCUUUGUUCCAACUGAAUCCUGUUUCAACCCGAUUAGUAGCUUAUUGACUGACGUUUGUGUAUGGUAUAAUGUAAACACCAUCUGUCGUUCUAUUGAAAAUACUGUCUUUUUCCUUGUUGGGGGAAAAAAAUUGUGGGGAAUAUUGUUUUGGUUGGACUGUAUGUGAAGAAUGAGGUGUUUUCUCUGAUCAUCAGUCAGGCAUGAAGGUAAGAGUUAAAUGAUUCCAAUAGGACUGUCACAUGCUUCACUGUAUGAUAUUUUGUUGAGUGUUUUGACCUCUAAGUUUGCAUAUUUUUCCAAAUAUCACAAAGUGCAGCAAAA